GUCACCUGCACGAGCACGUCGCUACGUAGAUUAUUCUAUGAGCGCGCGCGUUCGCAGAAUAUUCUGGGUAUUUGCUUCCCGUGACGGCUGGCAUGAAACGAGGAAACUUCCUUCAUUGUUUGUCUACCCUGAUAUUGUUUAACCAAAGCUCUACAAAAAAAACGAAACAAUGCCACUCACACCUCUCGUUUACUGGGCUCAACGCCAUGAAGAUAUUUACCUGCGAGUGGAGCUGACAGACGCCCAGAAUAUUGAUGUCAAUGUGAAUGACAACGUGCUUCAGUUUAGAGCCCAGGGCCACGGUGCAAAAGGACAAAAUGAAUAUGAGUUCAGCUUGGAGUUUCUUUUACCAGUAAAGUCAGAGGUGAGCCACAAGUCCACGCAGCGUCAGGUGAAUAUUACAGUGCGAAAAGAGCAGCGAGGCUGGUGGAAAAGACUGAUGCUACAGGAGCGCAAACCAGUCUUCCUGGCACCGGACUUUGACCGUUGGCUGGACGAGUCAGAUGCUGAGAUGGAGAUCCGGGAAAAGGAGGAGAAAAGGAACCUGCUGAAGGCAUCAAGGCAUAAAGAGGAAGGUUUUGUCAGCCUGAAAACAGGAUUUUUGUUUGUAUAUAACCUGGUGCAGUUUCUUGGUUUUUCGUGGAUCUUUGUCAACAUGACCGUGCGGCUCUUUAUCUUUGGCCAAGAUUCUCUCUACGACACAUUUCACACCAUAUCAGAUGUGAUGUUCUUCUGCCAGAUCCUGGCAGCAGUAGAGGUCCUCAAUGCUGCUUUCGGUGUAGUCCAGACAGGUGUUAUUCCAACUUUUAUACAGGUAGUUGGAAGAAAUUUUAUCCUCUUCAUAAUUUUUGGUAGUUUGGAAGAAAUGCAUAACCAGCCAGUUGUGUUCUUCGUUUUCUAUCUGUGGAGCACCAUUGAGAUUUUUAGGUAUCCAUUUGACAUGCUGGGCUGUUUAAAUACAGAAUGGAAAACUCUCACUUGGCUGCGGUACACAAUCUGGAUACCACUGUACCCAUUAGGUGUUAUAGCUGAAGCUGUUGCUGUGCUACAAUCCAUUCCCAUCUUUGACGAGACCAAACUCUUCAGCAUUCCUCUGCCGAAAGCUGUCGGUACCUCCAUCAGCUUCUCUUACGUCCUUCACAUCUAUCUUGUACUCGUGUUUCUGGGUCUUUUUAUCAACUUUCGUCAUCUUUACAAGCAAAGGAAGAGGCGUUUCUGUACCAAGAAGAGGAAAGCAAAUUGAGCAAAAAAUUCCUCCGACACCUUUGCUGCCUGCUUAUUUCUGGAUGACAUGUUUUAAAUGAUCACGGACCAUGCUCCUGUCAAAUUAUUUCUAGUUUUUCUUAUAAAAGUUUUUCUUCUUCCGUUUGCUCUCACUGAAAUGAUUACAUCUGUGGUCAAAAUAGGCAUCCUACAGAUGAUGCAAUAUUUCAUCAUUACAUUGAUGUCUCUUUUACUGGUGAUUGAUUUCUCUUAAGAUGUAAAUUCUAAGUAUUUUGUAGAGAGGGGAAGAGCUAUAAUAAGCCAUAGAAUUUGAUGUCCUGUGUGGUUUUUUUCGUUUUAAUCUUGGUUGAGAUAUUUUUAAUGCAGUGGUAUUGCUACUGUUGUCAUUUGAGAUGAUGUGAUUUAUGUCAGAAUGAAGAAAGCGACAACGUUCUCAAAAUACUGUAUUAUCAUUCCAGAUUUCUGAACCGUCCCACAAACCUCAGGGAAACUUACACUGGUGACUGCUAAAAUAUGGAUAGCAUUAUGUGUCCUUUCUGCUCUAUAAUAACCUGGUACGUAGAGUUUGUAUUCUUCGCUCAGCUAUUUCAUUAUUUUGACAGUCACAUGAUCAUGUUUCCUGUAAAUGUUAUUGGACACUGAAUAAAAAUUUAAAUCUG